GAGAAGCGGACACACACAUAGAGGCUGCACGCACACCAUGAGCACCGGGCAGCGAUAUGACGGUCUGCACAUGAGUCUGCAGCUGUAAUGAGGAGGAUCUGCAGUUAAUCAAUACCAGAGACUCAACACUCACAGUCAGACUUUAAAAAAAGACCUCUGCCACCAUGGCCUCCUUGAACACUUCUGCUCCAUGUAACGUGACGUUGGACACAGACCACAGCUACUCCUGGCCUGCGCUGUUCAUUCUGGUCAUUAUAUUUUUCACCAUUGCCGGGAAUAUUCUGGUGAUCAUGGCAGUGUCCAUCGAAAGCAAGCUGCACAACCCCACCAACUUUUUCCUGUGCUCUCUGGCUGUGGCAGACAUGCUGGUGGGAUUCCUCGUUAUGCCAAUCUCACUAAUUAGUAUUCUUUACAAUCACAGCUGGCCUCUUCCGCAGCCGCUGUGUCCACUGUGGAUCUUUCUGGACGUGCUUUUCUCCACAGCCUCCAUCAUGCAUCUCUGCGCCAUCUCUCUGGACCGCUACAUCGGCAUCCGCAACCCAUUCAGUCUCAGUCAGAGUCAGUCAUCUCGCAAGGCCAUGAUCAAAAUAAUCACCGUGUGGACCAUUUCUAUAGUGUUGUCCCUGCCCAUUCCAGUAAUGGGUUUGCAGGACGAACAGAAGGUGUUUAUAGAUUGUGCGUGUGUCCUGAACGAGCCUCGUUUUAUCCUCGUUGGCUCAGUCGUGGCCUUCUUCGUUCCUCUGGUCAUCAUGGUGGUCAGCUAUUACCUCACUCUCCAUCAUCUCCAGAAACACAGCAAGUCCUUCCCGCAUGACAGCAAGAGCUCCUGCAUGCAUUCGUCCAUCGAAACAAGUGACACAAGCUUCCUAAACAGCAAGUCCUCCUCUAAAAUGUCAGUGCUCCCGGUAAUCAAACGCUCACCGCUCAAAAGCAGACAAGGCAUGAAUCGAGCUUUGGAAAAUGAACGGCGAGCCUCUAAAGUCUUGGGAGUUGUCUUCUUCCUGUUCCUGAUCAUGUGGUGUCCGUUCUUCAUCACCAAUGUGCUGAACGCCAUCUGUCGGGACAACUGCAGCGAGUAUGUUCAUAAACUCCUCAAUAUAUUCGUCUGGGUGGGAUACGUCUCGUCUGGAGUGAAUCCCCUGAUUUACACCCUUUUCAACAAGACGUACCGCCAAGCCUUCGCUCGAUACCUUCGCUGUAAAUUUCACUAGGAAACACCACAGGAGAAGUCUGAGGCCAUCAGCUAUUAUAGCAGAUUAAGUGCUAAAUAACUAUCACAAACACUGUCAAUGUUUUUAUUUGAUUUUUGAUCAACAUUAACAUUUAGCGGACGCUUUUGUCCAAUGCGACUUACAAUUACGAGGCAUUCAGCGACUCGACAAGAAGAGGCAAUACACACAAGAAGUGCUGCUAAUCCAAAUGAACUGUUAGUGCCAUGAGAAUUAAGUGCUAGAGUAAAUAGCGGGGAGUGUUUUUAUAGUGUUUCUACAGGUGGUUUGUCAAGCCCACUCACCCGUGUGGAGCACACUUCAUAAAUGCAGAUAUGAAGUGAUCGUAAGAAAGUAUCUGCUGCAAAUAUGCAAGACUGGUGCGAGUGUCGGUUAAAGUGUCAGAGGGAUGAAAGAGUGUUUUCUACAGGUGGUUUGUCAAGCCCACUCACCUGUGUGAGGCACACUUCAUAAAUGAAGAUAUGGAGUGAUAGUAAGAAAGUGUCUGCAGCAAAUAUGCUAGACUGGUGCGAGUGUCGGUUAAAGUGUCAGAGGGAUGAAAGAGUAUUUUCUACAGGUGGUUUGUCAAGCCCACUCACCUGUGUGAGGCACACUUCAUAGAUGAAGAUAUGGAGUGGUAGUAAGAAAGUGUCUGCAGCAAAUAUGCAAGACUGGUGCGAGUGUCGGUUAAAGUGUCAGAGGGAUGAAAGAGUAUUUUCUACAGGUGGUUUGUCAAGCCCACUCACCUGUGUGAGGCACACUCAGAAUUGCAUCAUUUUGGGGGUUGUCAUGUUGUUUGGUAGGGGAAGAAGAUUGGGUCCUGGUUUUGUUCACAUGCUACUGAGAUCCUUCCACCAGUGAGGAACAGUGAAUGAAAAGGUUUUGGAAAGCCACUGACUGUAUAGCUUCUCUGCAAUGGCACCACAAGGCGACACUCACUCACCAACUGGAAGCUCCUGAAGGGGAUCUAUCUAUCUGCAAAGUACUUUAAGUGGACUCUAUCUGUGGACUAAUGUAGAGACUAGUGAUAUAGGGGUGAUUUUAGAUACAGCCAAGGUCAAAGGGAACACUAACAGCACACCGUCUUUAUUUGAUUGUGGAUUUUUAUAUCUAUUUUUUUGGCUUGUGUUUCAUUCAUUUACAUAGAGAGAGGGAAGAUUAUGACUUACACAGCAACUCACCACCAGGGGAAAGUUGGAAAUGUUUUGGCCUUGCUUUUCAGGGAGCACCGGAAGGGACAGGGCGAGAAAAGAUAUUUUGCGUUCCCUCAUAAUACUUGUUUCCUUGAUCUAGAUCUAGGCCUAUAUUUUUAUAUGUUUAUCGAAUAUCUUCUUUUUAAUAGGCUAUCAUUAGGGCCAGACGGAAUCUGCAGACAUGUUUUGCUAUUUCGGUGCAGAAUUGUGUUAAAAAACUGUGGAUUAUGCGGAAUUAUUUUGGGAGUAUCGUAACUAAAACCUUAAUAUAUGAAAUAAAAAGUAAUACCUUUUAACUUGUAUUUAAUGUUUACAAAGCAAAUCCAAUUAGAUUCACUUUAUUUGGUAAACAAAGUAAGUCUCAUAUAAUAUCUCUACUAAAAGACAGAAAAUAUUACUUUACAAUAUUACUUUAUGGGGAUUAGAAGUCCUGUGAGUCCAAUCAAAUCACACAUAGAAGGUAAUUAGCAUCAUAAUGAACUACUUCAAGACAUGUGCACUUUACAUUGCAGCAAGCUGUUUGGAAGUAUUAAGUGUCCAAGUAGAUGUCCAAAAUCUUUACACGCAUUGACCCAGAGGCUGUUUAGAUGCAGGUCACUGAUGAGAAGAUGGCGGAUGUUUACUGUAUGAUAACCAAAAUGGCCUUAAACACCCAGCAGACGUCAACAUGUCGUCAGAUUGACGUUUUACCAUAACGUUGUGGGGACGUUGCAUUUUGUUUGGGAAUAAAAAACGGGUUGACGACAGAACUCUAUGCCAGGACAAUGUCAAUGCCGAUGUCCAACCUAAAAUCAACCAAAUAUCAACAUCUAAUGAUGUUACAGCUUGAUGUUGUGUCAGCGUUACCACUAUGACGUCUAUCAGACGUUGGAUUUCGGUUGCCAUACCUGAUGAAUAAAUGUCAGUAUUUGACGUCAAUAUGAUGUUGGUUUAAGAUGUUGGCUCAACAUUGGAUUUUGGUUACUUUCUAACAACCUAAAAUCGACCAAAUAUCAACGUCAUUUGAUGUCAUUAUUGGACGUCAACAUAAGAUUGUCCUUAGACGCUGGCUAGACGUUGAAUUUUGGUCACCUGACAUCACAACCUAAAUCUAACCUAAUAUUAACAUCUUAUGAUGUUGUGUGCCUGCUGGCCAAUAACUAAAAGCACUACAGAAUGUUACGUUUACACACAUCCACAAAUAACAUGUAAUCAGCUUUUAACAGUAUAAUACUCACUACUCACUACCCAUGAGUACUUUUAAAAGGGCUACUUUUACUCAUACUCUUUGAGUAAUAUUUACAGACACUUUUACUCUACUCACACUACAUUUUUAGGCAAGUAAUGGUACUUUUACUUACUGUAACUAUGCUUUUUCAGUACUCUUUCCACCACUGGAUAUGGCACAUUGGAUUGUCACUUAUUAUUUGCGAGUUAUGGAAAUACUAAAUGGCUACCCUAAACCCUUUUGACUUUGGUUGAUUCUCUAUAAUGAAAUUUUGAUUUUGUUUAUUAUGAAUUGAAUAUUAAACAUGCAUUUUCUUCAUUCUUAUUCUUUAUCAUCAGGUAUUAAAUAUUUUAGUGUUUUAGUGUUGAUGUGAUGUUUUGAGUGAUCCCCCUAUGAAGAAAGAGGGAGGUUUGUUUAUUUUAAGGGGCAUAAUAUAGAAGUACUGGAGUUUUUCCUCUUAAAGAUGAAUAAGUGGUGGGAAAACAAGUAUACCCUAGGCCUAUUAUAGCUAUAUUUGGUGUCAGUGAUGCAGAAUUAUCUAAUAUAAUUCUUAAUAAUUUGGCAUGUAGAUUGAUUUUACUAAAUUGGAAACAACAAGACCCUCCACAUUGCUCCACAUUAAUAAAAAAUGUCAUGUCCUGUCUGCAACUUGAGAAGAUAAGGCUUUCCCUAAAAAAUUAAACAAAGAAUUUUGAUGUAAUAUGGAAUCCAUUUAUUGAGUACUUUAACUAGAGAGUGAUUGAACCAUAGUAGAAACGCCUCAAAUACCCCCCCAUAUUUAAUUUUUUCUUUGCAUUUCCCCCCACUUUUCAGUUUUUUUAGAUCUCUUAUACAUAUAAUAGUAACAUGAUGUUACAACUUUGUGUUUAAAAGGAAAA